UAACAUCUUUCAUCAAUGGUUGCAGUGAGACUUCCAAAUACUCCGCCUCCAUUGUAUGACCUUAAUUUACAGUAAUGUAGCACACACUCUCGAUAAAAUGCCUCCACAUUUAGUCUCCCAGGACUUGGAGUGUAAGACUCUGCUGCUGCGCUAACUUAAGGGGAAAAAAGCCCGAUUCCAAAAGGAACACUGAGUGAGGGUAUAUCCGAUAUUCUGCAAAUCACAGCCUUGUUUCCAGGGGCCGCUCUGAAGGCAGCUUUUCUGACCAUAGCAUUCCAUCUGUGGUUUUGACUGCUUCCCCAAACACAAGGAUAGUAGGUGUGUACUCCCCGUGCUCCAGGGCUUUAUAAAGGCGACCAGAGCAGCCCUGGUGAGUAGGGCUUUAUUCUGUAGCCCUCAGAGCCAGACUCCUGUGGAACUUCGGUGGUCAUGGUAGAUUGCUGGCCCAACAAGAGCCUAGUCAUGGGCAGCCUGGUGUCUCUGAGGCAUGCAUGGUGGCAGGCUGUCCCGGGUAAUCACUCCAGGCAGCCCACGGAAAAACCGCUUUCUGGUUAAGUCUGCCUCAUAGCGUUCCAUCAAUGGAAAAAAUUGAACAUGAUGAGGGUGUGUAACGAGCAGACAAAUAUAUCCAGCAUUGCACAGGAUCCGUUUUUAGCUCUCAACGGCUGAGCAGUCGAAGUGUUAGACACCGUUUCCUGGCUCAGCAGGGCAGAAGGAAGGCAGAGCGUAGCUUCUAGCUGGGUGGAACUUUGUUAACCGUAGGCUCCAGAGAACAACUGGCCACAGCCACCUUUCUGACCAAGGGCCACUUCAUGGACUUUCCCUGCACACCUACACUUGUUAAAUACCUGCAUUGUUCCCAAGACCAUGUAAAACCCGCUGAGCAUUAACCACCCUCCCAGCGAAAGCCAGGCUGCAGGUUAAGAUGGGGAACUCCGAGAGUCAAUAUACCUUCCAAGGAUCCAAGAAUCAAAGCAAUACUGUCACUGGUGCUAAGCAAAAGCCGUGCUCUCUGAAGAUACGCAGCAUUCAUGCAAAAGAUGAGAAAUCCUUGCAUGGUUGGGCUCACGGGAGCGGCGGGGCAGGCUACAAGUCCAGAUCCCUAGCCAGGAGCUGCCUUUCUCACUUUAAGAGUCACCAGCCUUACGCCACCAGACUCAAUGGACCCACGUGUAAAGUCUCAAAGGGCACUGCCUACUCUAAGCACAGAGCGAAUGCCCCAGGAAAUGAUUUUCAGGGCAACAAUGGUGCUUUCUUACCCGAGAAUGGCUUCCACUAUGUUGGGCGCGAGUCAGGGGAGAGCCACAUCACCUCCAGGGACUGCAAUGGACACCUUCUCACCUGCUAUGGGAGACACGACAGCAUCGCCUCCACUCCUCCAGGUGAGGACCGCAGGAGCCCCAGGGUGCUCAUCAAGACACUGGGGAAGCUAGAUGGGUGUUUAAGAGUUGAGUUCCACAAUGGCGGCAACCCCCACAAAGGGCCCUCAGAGGACCCCAGUGAACCUGUACAGCUGCUGAGAUACUCCCCUACGUUAGCAUCGGAAACCUGCCCGGUGCCGGAAAGUAGGCGCCUUUCGGGUGCAGGCUCCUCAGCCAGCCAGCGCCCUUCUCCCACUGACUCUUGCCUGCGCUCCAGUAAAGGCAGCUCCCUGAGCUCCGAGUCCUCCUGGUAUGACUCCCCCUGGGGCAACGCAGGGGAGGCGAGUGAAGUGGACAGCACCUUCCUGGCUCCCAGCGCUCUAGACCCCAGCCUCCCUAGCAGCUUCCCACCCAGUGACACCAAAAAGCCUUUCAACCAAAGCUCUUCCCUCUCCUCUCUCCGGGAACUGUACAAAGAUGCCAACCUGGGGUGCCGCUCACCUUCCGGCACCUGCCUUUCCUCCAACGAGUACAUUAGCUCCCAAGUCGGCCUGAACAACCGAGUCUCCUUUGCUUCUGACAUGGAUGUGCCCUCCAGGGUGGAUCACAGGGACACCAUGCAGUACAGCUCCUUUACUCUGCCGUGUCGCAAGUCCAAAGCCUUAACUGAGGAUGCAGCUAAGAAAGACACCCUCAAAGCCAGAAUGCGGCGCUUCAGUGACUGGACAGGAAGCCUUUCCAGGAAGAAGAGGAAAUUGCAGGAACCCAGGUCCACGGAGGGCAGUGAGUACUUCGAUAGCCACUCGGAUGGACUGAAUGCAGAUGUGCAGGGGCCCACGCAGACCUCUGCCUUACUGUGGUCAGGGGGCUCGGCUCAGACCCUGCCUCACAGGAGCGAAUCCACUCACGCAAUCGGCAGCGAUCCCCUCCAACAGAACAUCUACGAGAAUUUCAUGCGAGAGCUGGAAAUGAGCAGGACCAACAUGGAGAACGCGGAAACGUCCACAGAGACUGUGGAGUCCAGCAGCGAGUCCCUCAGCUCGCUGGAGCAGCUGGAUCUGCUCUUUGAGAAGGAGCAGGGGGUGGUCCGGAAAGCUGGGUGGCUCUUCUUCAAGCCCCUUGUCACCUUGCAGAAGGAGAGGAAACUGGAGCUGGUGGCUCGGAGGAAGUGGAAACAGUACUGGGUGACCCUGAAAGGCUGUACUCUGAUGUUUUAUGAGACCUACGGAAAGAAUUCCACAGACCAGAAUAGCGCCCCACGGUGUGCCCUCUUUGCAGAGGACAGCAUUGUGCAGUCUGUCCCAGAGCAUCCCAAGAAGGAGCACGUGUUCUGCCUGAGUAACUCCUAUGGAGAUGUCUACCUUUUCCAGGCCACUAGCCAGACGGAUCUAGAAAACUGGAUCACUGCCAUACACUCGGCGUGCGCAUCCCUCUUUGCAAAGAAGCAUGGGAAAGAAGACACGGUGCGGCUGCUGAAGAGCCAGACCAGAGGCCUGCUUCAGAAGAUAGACAUGGACAGCAAGAUGAAGAAGAUGGCAGAGCUGCAGCUGUCUGUGGUGAGCGACCCCAAGAACAGGAAGGCCAUCGAAAGCCAGAUCCGGCAAUGGGAGCAGAACCUGGAAAAAUUCCACAUGGACCUGUUCCGCAUGCGCUGCUAUUUGGCGAGCUUACAAGGUGGGGAGUUACCAAACCCCAAGAGUCUCCUUGCGGCCACCAGCCGCCCCUCCAAGCUGGCUCUUGGCAGACUGGGCGUCCUGUCCGUUUCGUCUUUCCAUGCUCUGGUAUGUUCCAGAGAUGAUUCUGCUCUCAGGAAAAGAACACUUUCCCUUACCCAGAGAGCAAAAAGCAAGAAAGGCCUAUUUUCUUCAUUGAAAGGUCUGGACACUCUAGCAAGAAAAGGGAGGGAGAAGAGAGCUUCUAUAACUCAGAUGUUUGAUUCGAGCCACAGCCAUGGAUUUCUUGGAACUCAACUACCUCAAAACUCCACUAACUCCAGUGAGGUCCAUGACCUGCAUCUGUAUGGCUCCUCAGCAGACAGCGCUCUCCGCGACAGCACGUGGGAAGUACAGACUUAUGUCCACUUCCAGGAUAACGAAGGAGUCACUGUGAUCAUCAAGCCAGAGCACAGGGUGGAAGAUGUUCUGGCUUUGGCGUGCAAGAUGAGGCACUUGGAACCCACUCGCUAUGGUCUUCAGCUCCGAAAGGUGGUGGACGAAAGUGUGGAGUGGUGUGUGCCCGCGUUGUAUGAGUACAUGCAGGAGCAGGUUUAUGAUGAAAUUGAAGUCUUCCCACUCAGUGUGUAUGACGUGCAGCUAACCAAGACGGGGGACAUGACUGACUUUGGGUUUGCAGUCACAGCCCAGGUGGACGAGCACCAGCAUCUUAGCCGGAUAUUUAUCAGCGAUGUUCUCCCUGACAGCCUGGCAUACGGAGGAGGACUGAGAAAGGGCAACGAAAUCAGGAGCUUAAAUGGGGAAGCAGUGUCUGACCUUGACCUCAAGCAGAUGGAGGCUUUGUUUUCUGAGAAGAGCGUUGGACUCACUCUAGUCGCCCGGCCUGCGGACGCAAGAGCAACCCUGUGUACUUCCUGGUCAGACAGUGACCUGUUCUCCAGGGACCAGAAAAGUCUGCCGCCCUCUCCCAACCAGUGCCAACUGCUGGAGGAAUUCCUGGAUAACUUUAAAAAAACCUCCACAAACGAUUUCAGCAAUGUCCCUGACGUCACAACUGGCCUGAAGCGGAGCCAUACAGAAGGCACCCUGGAUCAGGUGCCCCACAGGGAGAAGGUGGAGCAGACAUUCCGGAGUGCUGAGCAGAUUGUGGAGCUCUGCAGGGGCUUGGACAGCGGCCACGCCAACAGUAUGGAGGCACCGACAAAGAGCCACGACCCGCCUCCCAGGCCUCUGGCUCGUCACCUCUCAGAUGCAGACCGCCUCCGAAAAGUCAUCCAGGAGCUUGUAGACACCGAGAAGUCUUACGUGAAGGAUCUGAGCUGCCUCUUUGAACUGUACUUGGAGCCCCUUCAGAACGAGACCUUUCUUACCCAAGAUGAGAUGGAGUCACUUUUUGGGAGCUUGCCAGAGAUGCUGGAAUUUCAAAAGGUGUUCCUGGAGACUCUGGAGGAUGGGAUCUCCGCUUCCUCAGACUUUAGUGUCCUGGAAACCCCCUCACAGUUUCGGAAACUGCUGUUCUCUCUCGGAGGCUCUUUCCUCUACUACGCAGAUCACUUUAAACUGUACAGUGGAUUCUGCGCCAACCACAUUAAAGUACAGAAGGUCCUAGAGCGAGCUAAAACCGACAGAGCUUUCAAGGCUUUUCUGGACGCGCGGAACCCCACGAAGCAGCACUCCUCCACGCUGGAGUCGUAUCUCAUCAAGCCUGUUCAGAGAGUGCUCAAGUAUCCUCUGCUCCUCAAGGAGCUCGUGUCCCUGACUGACCAUGAGAGUGAAGAACACUAUCACCUGACAGAAGCUCUAAAGGCCAUGGAAAAAGUAGCCAGUCACAUCAAUGAGAUGCAGAAGAUCUACGAGGACUAUGGGACGGUGUUUGACCAGCUGGUAGCGGAGCAGAGUGGCACAGAGAAGGAGGUAACAGAGCUGUCCAUGGGGGAACUUCUGAUGCACUCUACAGUUUCCUGGUUGAAUCCGUUCCUGUCUCUGGGAAAAGCCAGGAAGGACAUUGAGCUCACAGUGUUUGUUUUUAAGAGAGCUGUCAUACUGGUUUAUAAAGAAAACUGCAAGCUGAAAAAGAAACUGCCCUCGAAUUCCCGGCCUGCUCACAACUCUGCUGACUUGGACCCAUUUAAAUUCCGCUGGUUGAUCCCCAUAUCUGCGCUUCAAGUUAGACUGGGGAACACGGCAGGGACUGAAAACAAUUCCACCUGGGAGCUGAUUCAUACCAAGUCAGAAAUUGAAGGACGGCCAGAGACCAUCUUUCAACUGUGCUGCAGUGACAGCGAGAGCAAAACCAGCAUCGUUAAGGUGAUCCGUUCUAUUCUGAGAGAGAACUUCAGGCGACACAUAAAGAGUGAGUUACCAAUGGAGAAGACAUGUAAGGACCGGCUGGUACCUCUUAAGAACCGAGUUCCUGUUUCAGCCAAAUUAGCCUCAUCCAGGUCUUUGAAGGUCCUCAGAACAUCCUCCAGCAGCGAGUGGCCCAGCGAGCCCAGCAAGGGCAACUCACUGGACUCGGAUGAGUGCAGCCUGAGCAGUGGCACCCAGAGCAGUGGCUGCCCAGUAGCUGAGAGCAGACAAGACUGUAAGAGCACCGUGCUGGAGAAAGACGCUCAUGAGGUCCUGGCAGAGUUUCCAGAUGGGCUCAUCAAAGAAAGCGACAUUCUGAGUGAUGAAGAGGAGGACUUCCACCACUCUCUGAAACAGGGCAGCCCUACUAAGGACAUUGAGCUUCAGUUCCAGAGACUGCGAAUCUCUGAGGAACCCGAUAUGCACUCAGCUGGGCAGCAGCCGCCUCUCACAGGGCCGGGUGAACAGCCCAAGCUGGUCAGGGGCCACUUUUGCCCCAUUAAACGUAAAGCAAACAGCACUAAGAGGGGCCGAGGAACUUUGCUCAAGGCACAGACACGUCACCAGUCCCUGGACAGCCACCCGGAAACCGCCAGCAUCGAUCUAAAUUUGGUUCUGGAGAGAGAAUUCAGUGUCCAGAGCUUAACUUCAGUUGUUAAUGAGGAGUGUUUUUAUGAAACACAGAGCCAUGGCAAAUCCUAGUGUGAUCUGUGUGGCGUGGUCACAAUGCUCAUUUUCAAAUUGGUGGAAAAUAGAAACUGCAGGAAAACUAUUCAUGUUUGGGUUUUAUGCAGUAUAUAAUUUUCCACAAAACCUGUAAAGAUUUAAGUUAUUUUAAUUUAUUGUGAAUCAGAAAACUAGAUUUAGUUGGUCAGAAUCUGUAAAUUACUAGCUUCUAUCCCUUUUGAGCAGGAAUCAAAUGAUUUUUAGUCUUGUAAUAAAAUUGCAUUCUAAUUAUUUUAAGUUAUGUGGGAUAAGAUUGGGAAAGUUGUGAUUAAUAGCUUUUAAAGGCCCCUCCCCCCAGUCCUUUGGGCAUUUUCUUUGCGCUGUUAGUUUUUGCUUCAUUUAAAGCACAUUUAUGUUUACAUGGUUUAGGGGCACAAUGUGCAGACAUUUCAUUUUGGAAGGUUGUAAUAAAUGCUGUUUAUACUAAA